UUUUUAUUUUUUGCGUACACGAACACACCUUAUCCAAAAUGGAUGCCGUUCAAGUGGGGUCUUGCAGUAUUACGAGUGGUGUAGUGGACGCAAUUUGCAUCUCGCUAGAGCUCUGCAGCAUGUAGUCGUCAGUCGGGAUCUUGGCUACGGUUUCUCCCGUUUUUCGACGGAGGGCGAGCCGAGUGGCCUCAGUGUGCUAUGUUGGCUUGGAGGACGCGCUAUUGCUGUUUUGGCUGUACGGUUAAAGAAGGCACCCUCGUCAUAGCCAUCGCUAUUAUAGUACUACGCAUUCUGAACCUUAUUUUUAUCUCGCUGGGAUAUUCUCAGCUGGAUGAAAUUGAAGAAGCAGCUUCCACGAAACUACCAUGGUUGCCUGCCAUUUUCGUGACGGGCAUAGUGGACUGCACCGUGGAAAUAGUGGCGUGCAUUCUACUCAUCAAAGCAGCCAAUGAUGACAACCGGUACCUGCUUAUCCCAUGGCUGGUGUACAAUAGCCUGUGCAUCAUUUCACAUGUUGUGGGAGCCAUCCACUUUUUCUUCGUUUCCGUCUAUGUAGGCUUGGCUGGAGUGAUCGGAGGUGUGCUUGUUGUCAUCUUGAGUGUGCGGAUUUAUAUCUUCGUAAUCGUGGCAGUCUACUACAAGCUUAUUCUGCAGAGCCUACCGUACGUACUGCAGAGUGAUGAAGAGGCAGAGUUACUCAGCCACGGCCCUUCACUAGAAGCCAACGGCACAUCGCCUGGAGGGGCGCUUGCGGACUUCACGGCUGCCAUCUGAAUCCCUCUCUCUACGGACUUACGGUUGUGAUGCCUCCGCCCCUUCUGGACUCAAUCAAAGACGCCUCUGUGGAUGAGCGCCAGCCUGUGCCCUUCGAGGGUGCAGUAAGCAAGGUUGUGCUCAGGGGAGGUUCACCUCGUACGGAGCCUUUUGCUCGGGUGUGUCUGAAAGAGAUGUCCUGUGCCUCGUCAUAUCCUCAAAUGUUACUUGUUACUCCGGAACUCGUUUCAGUUGCACAGAAUGCUCCAGAAAGUUAUGGCGGAACAUUGUUUGCCUUUGCGUAGCCAGGGUGGCAGACUGUUUAUGACACUGCUUUGGAUGCGACCCUUGAGGAAUGUAGCCCAGUUGACCCGGAGGGGGAAAAAAAUUGUACGAAAAAUCUUUCUUUUCUUUUUUUUUUUGUGGAACAGCAGGUUUACCUACUGUAAAUUUAUGACAAAUUAUCAUAAUGCCUCACCAAACAAUAGCGCCACCUACGAAUGUACUGUGGUUUAAUUGCUGUCGUAGAUCAAGACAUCUCGUUACGAUUCGUGUCUGUCUGGUUCCCGUCAAAAUAAUGCACUGAGAAAUGCAUAAAGUCUCUUCCAUUUGACUGCACUGGCUGCACUAGUUCUAGAAAGUUUUGUGACAGUACUGUAGGCAUGCUAAUGCUCUGUGGUUACUUCCAAGACAAAUGAGCAAGUACAGAGGUCUUGCACUUUACAUUGUUAACACUGUUCUACUUCUUGUACUCACGUUGUCGGUUUUCAUUUUUAAGUGCUCAUCUUUCCUUUAGUAUCCUAUACUGCUGCAAAAAUUUUGCACAUGGCCAUGACGUUGGCUGCGGAAGCAGACCUGCACUAUCGCCUAUUUGACAUAAUUGCACUCUUGCUAUCCAGCAAGUGCAGGUAGGCCAUGAACUCGUCCACAACUAGGAGCUAAACGAAUAGGAAAGUGCACAGGGUGUAUGCAUGCGGCACUGGAAAAAAUAAAUGCAAAAGUGCUGCACUGCUUGAACUGGUGCAACGAGUGCGGCUAAAUCAGAGACCUAUGAUGUCUGGCCACCCGUGGUCCUCUUUUCCCUUGUAUGUUGUCUUCACGUUGAAAGCAUAGAUGCCGAUGAUGGAGGCACACGAGGAGAUGAACCUGUCGAGGAUGACUUGACCUUCUAGAUGUACUAGAAGGGGUGGUUCUUGUACAUAAAUCCUAGAUUAUAGUCACUUUUAACUGCUCAGAAUGACCGACUGGUUUACAAAAUACGAACUUCCUUUGAUUUCAGUUCUACCGUUUUUGGCUCGAGUAACUAGCCAUCUUUUUAAAGAAAAAAAAGCCUCGUUCAUCCUGACAAGGUCGUCCUCGUAGGAUAUACAGGAUGAUUCAUGCAAGUGCUACAUAUUUUGAGAGAUGAAACGAUGUUCCUCAUAGAGGCAUCGUAUAGAAUUUUGCAGUCUAUAAUUGUGUUAGCUGUAAUUGUCCUAGAUUCUUUUUGGGAUGUCUGUCAUCCGAUUGAAAGCAUUAUAACUCACAAAGCUGCAAGUAUAGCUAAAUAAAUAGCGACUUUCUUUUGCAAUGAACUAGUGCAGAGGUUCUCAAACUGGGUUCCGCGAUGUCUCCUGAGAGGUACCACAGCCUUCCUGAUGUCAUCGGUAACCUCUUCAAUAACCAACACGGUGUUGAAAAAAACAAAAGAACAGCUAUUCUACGAGGCAUAUCGUAACACGAUGCGUCAUCCUACACGCAUUUUAACACUUAUACUGUAAAGAGUAUUCUAAGUAUGGACUUGUGCUACAUGAAAAGAACUCGCAAUGUACUGUUUGCCGUGAGGUCUUGGUGAAUGAUUUUAUGAAUGUGUGCAGAGCCAUCCGCUUUGUUCAUUGUUUUAUCAAGUAAUUAUUAGCAUGUCACCAUUUGGAGGGUUCCUCACUAUGCCAAAAAAUGUAUAGGAGUUCCUUGACCUCGCAAAGUUUGAGAACCUAUGAACUAGUGGAUAAUAUAGGUUUUUGGUGUGCCUUAUGCGAUAUGUAGCAAAUUUCACUCACUUUUGACUAUGGUGCACAUCAUCGUUUCUUCGGCUACCUGAUACAUCUUUGUCAGCGCAGUCUAGACACAAUGGUACCAGCCACAUAGGGGUGUGGAAUCAGAAUUGUGCAUGGCUGUAUGGCAGAGGCUUUUAUGAAUAUCGCUGAGAAAUAAUAGCGAAAAGACUAAAUAAUGUAGCAGGGUGUGUGACAUUUUUCUAAGCGAUCAAACUGUGCUACACCUGUGUGAAUCAUCCUGUAUUAUAUCUGUGUAGCAUGCAAGUGGAGUGCACGCUCAAGAUAAACGCGACUUGAACAAAGGACCACAUACCUGCUAUUGCAUUUCAAACCCCAGAGCGGGAACUUUCAAUACAGUUGUCUAGAACUUUUGCAAUGAGUCAGCUAGCUGUAGCUAAUAACCCAAGUUUGUGCAUGUAUGGGGAGAAAGAGGCCCCUUUUUUUAUAACCUCUUCCAGUUUUGUCGCUUGACGACUAUAGCUUAUGCAGAUGUUCACAGUUACUGUACAUAAUGUCUCUACUACACUGUAGUUGAGAUAUCUUCUCUCCCACUUUCCCCAAGCAGGUAUUCUGACAGCGUUUCUCAUCGGCAACACUGUCCAAGAUGACUCGAUGAAAUUUUAUUGAUGGCAUAUCGCCCAACACUUCUGCCGUUUCCAAGUUUAAACGCUUACAGCCUAGCAAAGGAAGGUAUAUGUAAAGUAGGAGUUUGAGCUGAAGCGUGAAAGAAGGCACUAUAUUCAUGCAGAAAUUGCCUACAGGAACUCAAAAAUCAGUGUCUCCAUUUAUUUUCGUCAGCACUGUGAUCGGACACUAUUUGAAAUAAACAGUCUAUUCGUCAA